GCCCAGCUAGCCAAGCUCAAUAAGCUAGUGAUCGGCAAGUAAAGCAUGGCGGGGAGCACGGCAGGCCCUGCUGCUCUGGUGGCGGCCGCGUUGCUGCUGCUGAGUGCUCCGGCUCCGGCGGCCGCCGCCGAUGAUGUAGCAUCAGCGGCGGCCAGCAGGUACCCGCCGCUGGCGCCGGGCCUGUCGUUCGACUUCUACAAGAAGAGCUGCCCCAAGGCGGAGUCCAUCGUCAGGGACUUCCUCAAGUCGGCCGUCAAGCAGAACGUCGGCCUGGCCGCCGCGCUCAUCCGCCUCCACUUCCACGACUGCUUCGUCCAGGGCUGCGACGCCUCCAUCCUGCUGGACAAGACGCCCACCCAGCAGAGCGAGCAGGAGGCCGGACCCAACCAGACGCUCCGCCCCGCCGCGUUCAAGGCCAUCAACGACAUCCGCGACCGCCUCGACAAGGCCUGCGGCCGCGUCGUCUCCUGCGCCGACAUCGUUACCCUCGCCGCGCGCGACUCCGUGGCCCUGGGUGGCGGGCCGGCGUACAAGGUGCCCCUGGGCAGGCGCGACAGCCUGGCGCCGGCGUCGCAGGACGCCGUCUUCGCCGCGCUCCCGGCGCCGAGCUCCAACGUCACCACGCUCCUGAGCUUUCUGGCCAAUAUCAACCUGGACGCCACCGACCUCGUGGCGCUCUCCGGCGGCCACACCGUCGGCAUCGCGCACUGCGGCUCCUUCGAGGACCGCCUCUUCCCGACGCAGGACCCCACCCUGAACCAGUGGUUCGCCGGCCGGCUGAAGCUCACUUGCCCCGUCAAGGGCGCGGACAACACGACGGUGAACGACAUCCGGACGCCCAACACGUUCGACAACAAGUACUACGUGGACCUGCUGAACCGUGAGGGGCUCUUCACCUCCGACCAGGACCUCUUCAGCGACGGCAGGACCAAACCCCUGGUCACCAAGUUCGCCGUCGACCAGGACGCCUUCUUCGAGCAGUUCAUCUACUCGUACGUGAAGAUGGGGCAGAUCAAUGUGCUGACGGGGGCGUCGCAGGGGCAGAUCCGCGCCAACUGCUCGGCGCGCAACGCCGGCCGCAGCGACGAGCUGCGGCCCUGGUCCGUCGUGGAGACCGUCAUCGACGCCGCCGAGAGCCUCGUCCUCUAGAUCGAUCGACUACUCUACUAGCUACUUGAUCAAGUGUUAGGCUUGCUACCGUGCAUGUGUGUUUAGGUAGUCUGGGCUAGCAUGCAGCACAGCACUAGCAGACGAACCAAUAAGCUGAGUGCGUACGUAUGUGGCAACAAGAAACGUGACUGACCUCCA